UCAAUAGUUUCAAUAAAAUCUAGACAAAAUUGCAAAAAUGGUCCCUGUGGUUUGCAUUUUUUCAGGAAAAAAGUCCAAACCACGAGUUUGUUGGUUUUGUGGUCCUUUUGGACUGGUUUGUUUGUGAGAAUGGUCCCUAUACUUAACACCCGUUAAAAAAAAUCCGUUAACCCCCUCAUGUGCCUUGCACGUGAGGGUAUUUUUGUCUUUUUACUUACAGUGUCAACACUUCCUUCUACCUUUUAUCCCUCAUUUACAAUCUCAAACACCCGUCAACUCCCCACCUCCCUCCUUCUUCCUUCUGCUCCAUUAAACCUGCAAAAAAAAAAAAGUCGUUAUCGAAAGAACCUAAUCGAAGCAAAAGGAGACAAGGCCAUACUUUAAAGUCGAAAUGGUGUACGUAAUGUGGCAGAUCAGACCAAAAAAUGAAGUUGUCGACGUAUCAUCCUUAUAUGCGGGUGCACCCACAUGGUUUAGUAUUAAGCUUCAUCAUGGUGGGAAGUUUACUAAGUUACCUGACAUAAAGUAUACUGGAGGUGAAGUGCGUUAUGUUGAUUAUGUGGACAUAGAUGAGUUUUCUGUACAUGAACUUGAUGCCAUAAUGCUUGACCUAGGUUACCCAGACCCACGGAUGAUUGAAUUGAGUGUUGAAUCCCCAGUGAUAUACUACCAUUUCAGGAUACCCAAUGAACAUGGGAAGACAAAUCUACUCACAUACUUCAUGUCUCCAAAUGCAAAGGGUAAAGUUGUCAUUGAGGAAUUACCAGAAAAUGAUGAUCAAGGGGCUAAAUAUGAGGCUGAAGUUCAUGUAGAAUCUCCAUUGAGAAAUAUGAACCAUGUCAAUGAUGAACCAAUUGGUGAGUACAUGUCUUUGAUUCUUUUUGGGAGUAAAACUGAUGCAUUCUCUCCAGAGUAUAGAAGGGGUAGAGUUGGGAAUUCAAAAAGAGAGGAAGGUUCUUGUAGCAAGAGGCUUAAUUUAGAGGAUAUUGAUGAUUUAAAAGAGAAGGAAAACACUAAUGAAGGUGUUAAGGAGGUUCAUGAGGCUGCAACUGUUGUUGAAGGAUGCUACAAUCCAUUUACUUCAAAUAUUGCUAAUGUAGGGGAUGAGAUGAUUGGGGUUCAUGAUAAUGACCAUAUUGAUGGAUGCUACAACACCCCACCCAUUAAUGAUGAUGAACAAUAUAAUGAACUUUUUGACAACCUUAUGGAAAAUUUAAAUGGAAGUGAUGAGUAUGUUGAAGAGUAUGAAGGGGAUGUUGAAUCUGAAGAGAGUGAUGAAGAGUAUGAAAAGGAUGAAGGUGAUGAUCAUGAUGGGAAACAAUCAGAAAAUGAAGAUAAAGUGGAUGACAUAAUGGAUGAGGAGAACAAUAUAGAAGAUGUUGAUGUGGACAUGGCAGACUUCUUUCUAAAUGUUGAAAGUGAUGUUGAAGGAGCAUGUAUUAAUGAUGGUCAUGAACCUGAAGAUAUGGAAGUGAUCAACAAUGAGGAGUUCGAAUCAUUGGAUGAAGGAUCAGACCAAGACAGAGAAAGAAGAGCUCUCAUAAGAAAUUUGGGGAAAGAAAAAAGGUGCAACCUUGGGUCAGUACAUAUACAGUCAUUCUCAGUGGGGCAAAAGUUUAAAAGUAAAAAAGAAUUAAAGGAGUUAAUUGAUGUGCACGCACUAGAAACAAGAAGGAAUCUAUUCUUAAAAAAAAAUGACAGUCAAAGGCUUAGGGCACAGUGCAGAGGAGUUGUACCUGUCCUCAAUAAAGGUCAAGUGGGGACUAAACCUACCACUUCAAAAAGCAAGGGCAAAGAAGUAAAGACACAAAAAGAAACAUGUGGUUGGUAUAUACAUGCAUCUAGGUCAAACCCCGAAUCUGAUUGGUUUAUAAGGACCUUAAACCAAACUCAUACAUGCUUACAAACAAGAAAACUCAGAGCUUGUACUGCUUCUUUAAUCUGCAAGAAAAUCAUAGAUCAAGUUGAGGCAGAUCCGAAGAUUCCUUUGAGAGCCAUACAAGAUCACUUUCAAAAGACCUAUCAGGUGGGUAUUUCAAUGGAUAAGGUGUUUAGGGCAAAAGAUAUGGCAAGAAAGCAUGUAACUGGGGACUACACAAAACAGUUUGAGUUGUUGAGGGACUAUGCUCUUGAACUUCAAGCUACAAACCUAGACACAACAGUCAAAAUAGAUGUGUGUCCUAAUGGCAACCCUGCAUCCCCAACAAGGCAGUUUAGAAGGAUUUAUGUAUGCUUGGGUCCACUGAGAAAAGGUUUCAAAGCAUGUCUUAGAGACUUAGUAGGUUUGGAUGGUGCCUUCAUGAAAGGCCCAUUCCCUGGUCAGGUUCUUACAGCAGUUGGUCUAGAUUCCAACAAUGGAAUUUAUCCCUUAGCCUAUGCAAUUGUUGAGUCUGAAAACACAGCUAGCUGGAAGUGGUUUUUAGAAAACCUUGGGGAUGACUUGGAGCUUGGGAGCAACUCAAACUAUACUUUCAUAAGUGACAGGCAAAAGGGAUUACAAAUUGCAGUUGAUCAAUUGUUUCCCAAUGCUGAGCAUAGGUAUUGUAUUAGACAUAUUCAUGAAAAUAUGAGAAAGAAGUGGGGGCAAACUGAGUACAGGGACCAUUUAUGGAGGUGUGCAUCAGCAACCACCAUUCCUGAGUUUGAACAUUUGAUGAAAGAGUUUAGUGAGUAUGAUAAGGUGGCAUGUCAAUGGUUGAAGCAAAUUCCUCCUGUACAUUGGGCAAGGAGUCAUUUCUCAGGAAGAGCUGUUUCUGAUGUGUUGAUUUCAAACAUGUGUGAAGUGUUUAAUGGGAAGAUAGAGAAAGGCAGGGACAAACCUGUAAUUUCAUGUUUAGAGUUCAUUAGGGAGUAUCUAAUGAAGAGGAUAUGCAAUGUCAUGAAGGCAAUGAAGAAGGCUAAAGCAUUGCAAGAUCAACAUGUGGUGGAUGUUAGGAACCAAACCUGUACUUGCAGAAAGUGGGAAUUAAUGGGAAUACCUUGCAGGCAUGCAAUUGCAACUCUGAAUGAAAUGAGCAAAGACCCUGAGGCUGAGCUUGACAUUUACAAGUGGGUACACAAGGUGUAUUGGCUAGAGACAUGGCAAAAAGCUUAUUCAUUUAAGGUGGAACCAAUUAAAGGGAGACCCAUGUGGCCUAAAAGUAAUUGUCCAACAAAGCUAAUCCCUCCUCCACAUCACACUCAGGUGGGAAGGCCUAAGAAAAAAAGAAGACAAAGUGAGGGUGAAAGGUUAAGCAAAAGGCAGAAGGCAAGUGAAGGUGAUGGAGUCAAUGAGAUGCAAGGAGAAAAUUCCCAAGGGCCAAGAAAUGAUGGAGUGCAGAAGCUAUCAAGGAAACAUGUUAGUGUUACUUGUAGCAAAUGCAAGAAUAAAGGACACAACUCUAGGACCUGUAAAGGGCAAGGAGGGAAUCAAUCUAAGAAGUGA